AUGGACAUUCUGCCUCAAAAUGUGAGGGCUGAGCACAUCUCGCAGCUUGGAUGGUCGACGCGCGGCCUUCGUGCGCUUGGAAGGAGCUUCGUGGACGGCAAGCGAGCGACGCAAGCGCAGCAAGGAGGAGGCUUCGGCCGUACAUCGGCCUGCUUUGCAGUGGUGAGCUGCGUUGCGGCAAGGGCCAGAUGCCGAGUGGCUCGCUUUUCCAGUCAUGCCUGCAACUUUGCUGGAGGGCGAAGUGAGGGACGCGAUUCGAAGAGCUCGGAGAGGCUGUCAGAUCUCUUUCUGCAGCUUCCACUUCCCGAUGCGGUGCUGCUGUCCGGGGUGUUGGCACGAGACCAGUCGAAGGUUCGCAUGCUGCCGCCUCCAGCAUCUUCCAUGCCUCGCUUAGCCAUCGUGCCGGUCGCGGACGGCAAGGAGGCAUCCUGCGUGCCGUUUCAUGACCGGGAUGAAGAAAGCCUGGAAACGCUCAGGCGCUUCUCGCCUGGGCCGCUGCAGCCUCUCACGGCUCCUGGCAAAGCACUGAAGUGGUUCUGGCAGCGGGCACCGCAGGAUUUCGAAUCACUCUGCAAGUAUGAGCACGUGCGGGCUGCUUGUGGCGGCACGCAGUCCUUGGAGGAGCAGGCGGAGAUCCUCCUUUUUAAUGUGUAUCAGCGCUUCUGCCAGCAGACAAGCGCACCGCCAAGGCCAUCCUCAUGCGAUGAGACGGAUUACGACUUGUACAUAUCAGUUUUUCAAGAUGCUCCAAUGAAGGCUUUGCAUCAGACUUGCAGCGCCGACUUCUGCAUGAUCGCAGAGGCGCACGUGCUUGGAUUGGCCGGCACAGCCGGCUUUCCCAGGUUGGCUCAAAAGGACGCCCGAUCGAUGUAUUCGAGUGCCAUGCGCUUCGGCUAUGCCGUCCGGCAGGCCGAAAUCCGAUUCCAGGUCGAUGGUGCUGCGGGCACCUUUGUACCCCUACCCCUUGAAGCCGAAAUGGUUCGUGAGGAGCUCGAGUACUUGUGGACGAAACCUGCGGUGCAAGGUGAAAAGGGUUCAUCAAGUGGAAGCUCGUCUGAGGAUCAGCUGAGCGAUGCAGAAGCGGCGCAGCAGAGCCUCCAAGAGGUGUUUAGCCGAUUGAAGCGAAUCGGCGAAACAAAGCCCGCACUUGCCACGUACCUGGGAUGGCUCGGGAAAUUCGACCCCGAGGCCUUGUCCAUGCUGUCCAAUCCAACGUCGGCCAUUGCCAUCGCAAUGAAAUAUCAGGCCGAUGCCGUCUGGGGUGCAGCGCAGGAGGCGAAUGAUCUUACCGUUACAACAACUCCAUCGGACAUGCUGGAGGCAAUCCUUCUGGGUGCUUGGCUUCAUGAUUGCGAUGCUGACGUUCGCGAAGCGCGCUCGAGGCUACAGGCUCGCGAGCAAGGCUCGUAA